CUGCCCGACACCGCCAUGGCCGCUGCCCGCACCCAACAUGGCCGCGGGUGCCUCAGGGCGCGCCGCGCGCGCAUGCGCGGUGCGAUGCAGCGCGCUCUGAGGGCGCUGCUCCGGGAGCCGCCGCCAUGGCGGCCCCGCCGCCCCCCGCCCGGCCUGCGGGGCCCGGCUCUCACCGCCCCGGGGCCUCUCUGUCUGUCUGUCCGCCCGGCCCGCACCGGCCAGGGACAGCGCUGGGGCCCGGCCCGCCCGCUCUGCACCGCCCCGGGGCCGCCGGCCGCCACGCACUAUCGCCUGGUGUACACCUGCAAGGUGUGCCAGACCCGCUCGGCCAAAUCCAUCUCUAAGGCCGCCUACCACCGCGGGGUGGUGAUCGUGACCUGUCCCGGCUGCGGGAACCACCAUGUCAUCGCCGACAACCUGGGCUGGUUCUCCGACCUGCAGGGGAAGAGGAACAUCGAGGAGAUCCUGGCAGCCAGAGGGGAGCAGGUGAGACGUGUGGCUGGUGAGGAGGCACUGGAGCUGCUGCUGGAGAGCUCGGCAGAGCCUGGGCCCCCAGGUCAGCUGGCAGAGGGGGACGACAAGGAGGCUCCCCCAGAUGCUGGCAGCAAGGGACACACCUGACACGAGGGAUUGUGGCCUGUGGGACACACCUGACACGAGGGAUUCUGGCCUGUGUGACACACCUGCCACGUGGGAUUUGGGACAUUCUGCUUGUGGCAAGAGACUCUUCACCUUCGUUCCCUGAUUUCAGCUGUUUCUAAAAUAAACUGGGGUGUUGGGUUUUCUC